AUGAAUUAUUUGGAAGCAAGUUUAAAUGAAAACAUUGAAAUAUCCACUGAUGAUAAUGAAACUGAAAUUAAUGCAAAAGUUUUGGGAAAUAAAUAUAUCAACGACAAUAUAACUAAUGAAACGGGAUCAAUCGUUGAUGUUUCAAAUAAAAAUUCUUCAUUUGAGCAAACGAGUGAUGAGCAAGAAAUUCAAAAUGAGUUUUCUGAAUUAAGCGAAGAAAAAAACGAAAAUAGUGUAGACAUAAAUUCAAAUCCCAUAUGUAAUCAUAGACAUAUAUUAUACUCUCCAGAAAACAGUGAGGAAAAAAAUACAUCAAAUUUAGAAGAAAGUGAAGCUGAAUUGCUUCCUUUAAAAAUGGAAAUAGAAAAUAAUAAUAAUAUUUGCAAUCUUAUUUACGAUGAAAUUAAUAGCAAUACUGUUGACAGCGUAAAUGAUUCGUCUAAUAAUGAUAAAAACUCAAAUAAUACUAUGGAUUGUAGCGACGAUCAUGAAAAUAAUAAUAUUAAAAUGAAUAAUGAUAGCAAGGAUAUUAUAUAUACAAAAUGUAAUAUAUGUUCAGAUGUAAUGGACAAAACAAUUUUGAAUGAUCAUUUAUAUGCACAUAUGCUAGCAUGUGGUAGAGAACCAAAUAGAGAAAAUUUUGAACAUAGAAAAAAUGUUAUAAACCUCGAUGCAUUUGCACUGAAAGAUAAAAAAAAUAACAAUAAUUCAGAUGAAUUAUUAAAUAAUGAUAUUGAUGAGAAUGAUAAAUUAUCUAUUAUUUAUAAUUACAAUACAAAUAUUGAAGAACUAAAGAAAAAUAUAAAUAGAUCAUUAAGUCGUAAUAAAGGGAACAUUAAUCAAAUUAUUCGAAAUUCAUCAAACAAUAAUGCAAUUGGUGACAAUAAAAAUGCAAGUUCAGGAGAUAUAAAUGAAAUACAAAAAGAAAAAGCAAUUUUGUUCAUUGCACCCGGAAAUGACAGCAUAAUUGAUAACUAUUUAUCUCUUAUAAAAGAAUCAUUUUCUACUAUUUUUUAUAAUCCAGAUGCACCAUCAAGUAUUAAAAGUAAUAUUGUUGACAAUAAUUUAUAUCAUGGCAUAAAUAAAGACAUUUAUAAAAAUAUUGUUAAUAGUAUAUAUUCCAUGAUGAAUUGUUUAAAGGCAAGUAUAAAUAAAAUUAAGAAUAUACCUGAUACUUGUAUUAAUAAUAUAAACAAUGAUAUAGGAAGCUAUGUGAAUAAGGCAAUGGAUUGUAUAAUGAAAGAAAUAAAUAAUAUAACAAAGAAAAAUAUGUCUAAUACAAAUACUAAUGAAACUAUUGAUACUAAAGUGUUAAACAGAAAACUAAAUAAAAUAUACAAAAAAUUAUAUAAUAUAUAUAAAAAAAUUAAUUCUGCAUUACAAAAUUGUCAAAAUAAUUUAACUAAUAUUAAUAAAUCUUCAAAAGGCACUAACCCUCCCGUUGUUGCUUGUAGUGAUGAUAUAAAUUGUACCAAUAACAGAAGUAAUAGAAUCAAUAUUGCUAGUAAUGAUAAUGAAAAUAACACAAACAUAAGUAAUGAUAGAAAUAGAGAAGAUAUAUUUUCAAAUGAAAAUAUAAAUAGAAAUUUUAUAAAUUCCUCAAAUGUACAUCAUUUUAAUAAUUCUGUAAAUUUUUAUAAUCACAAUUCUUUUAACGAAAGAAGAAGGGUGAAUGAUAUGAAUUAUUUAUACUCAAAUUUAGUACAUAAAUAUCCUUAUAUUUGUGAAAGUCCAUUAUUUUCCCAUUUUGAUAAUAACACAACUAACAUUUGGCCUAUAAGAAGAGUGACAAACACCAUUACGCAUAAUAUUCAAUCAAAUAACAUAAAUACAAACACUAAUAGUAUGAACGUUCCAACCAUAAAUAAUGCAAACGAUAUGAACAGUGUAAAUAGUACUAGUAAUAUAGAUAGAAACACAUGGGGGAAUUUAGCUAAUACUUAUGAGUCAUUCGGUAUUAUAGAUCCUCGCAUGAACAAUAAUUUAUUAUUAGUAGAAAGAACAUAUAAUCGACAUAAUAUUAAUGGUUACAGAAGUAAUAAUACUAUUAAUAGAUCCUAUAAUAAUAACAGAAAUGAUAGAGAAAAUUAUGCUAGUGGUCAUAACAAUGAUAGACACAUAAGAACUACCAUUAACAGAAACAAUAUAAAUCGUAAUAAUAGCAUAAAUGUUAACAGAACAACGCUUGUAAAUAACAUUGGAACUACUAAUAGAAAUAACAAUACAACAAGUUAUGUAUUUAAUGGAAAUAAUAAUGAUAGGACAAUAAAUUAUGUAAUCAGAAACUCAAAUAACCAUAACAUAUCAAACAAUACAGAUAGAAUGCCUCAUAAUUAUUUAGGGAGAAAUAUAAUAGUUGAGCAAGUAGUAACAAUAAAUCAUGAGGAUAUUGGAAAUAUAAAUACAAAUUUAAGAGUAAACAAUAAUAUUUUAUACAAUGAAAGAGUGCAACAUGAAAAUAUAAAUCAAAACACAUAUCAUUCUACAGUGCUUAGAGAGAAAAUUGAUUUUUUAGUUGUUCCUUUUGAUGUAGAAAAAAAUAAGAACAAUAAUUUAAAAUUAUGUUCCAUAUGUUAUGAAAAUUAUAAACAUAAUGAGCCUCUAAUAUUCUUACCAUGCACACAUAAUUUUCAUAAAGAAUGUAUAAUUGAAUGGAUUAAUAAAAAAUUGACUUGUCCUAUUUGUAAAAUUGAUAUAAAAUCCUUUUAA